AGCCCAACACAGGGACAUAUUUCGCCAAUCGAAAGAGUAGUUCCGUUAGGGGUGGGGUUUAAUGUAGAUGUUAUUUAUGUUCAGCAAAUUGGGAAAAAAAGCGAAUAUAGCGGUUGAUUCAUUUGGGUCUCAAAUCUUGGACAGCGGCACCAUAAGAAGAGCAUGUGAGACAUCUCUCCUGGGCACAGAAGACAGGUCAUUCUUUCACACUUUGCUCUCGUUUCAAAUCCCUCUUGUUAACCCCCAAUGAUGCUGAAAGCAGGAGUGUUGUGCAUUUUGCUGGGAGUGACCUCUGCUCUAAUAUGUCCUGAUGGUGGAUCGUGUCAGGAUGGCAACACUUGCUGCCAGACUCCCUUGGAUGGAUAUGGCUGCUGCCCGCUACCAAAUGCUGAGUGCUGUGAAGAUCACCUGCAUUGCUGCUAUGAAGGCAUGACCUGUAGUCUGGAACAGUCAAAGUGCCUCAAUGAAACUCACUCUCUGCCCUGGCUGGAGAAAGUCCCUGCUAAACUGCCCAAGUUUCCAAAGACUCUUAAGUCUUUCCCCAUGAUGGCUGCAGUCUCAGAGAAUGCGGAUUAUGAAAACACCUGCCCUGACAAGACUGGCUGUCCCAUGGAAUUCUCCUGUCUGCGAGCAAACAGUGGAAGAUACAAGUGUUGCCCCCUUCCUCAGGGCCUAUCAUGCGCAGAUGGGAAUCACUGCUGUCCCAGUGGCUACCACUGUAGUAGAGAUGGGACCUCCUGUACCAAGAACAAAGGGCGUUUAAGCGCUGUCAUCUGUCCCGAUGGGGAGUCUGAGUGUCCAGACGAGACCACCUGUUGUCUGCUCCUGGACGGUAACUGGGGGUGCUGCCCCAUGGCCAAGGCGGUGUGCUGUGAGGACAAGAGGCACUGCUGUCCCGAAGGCACCGUCUGUGACACUGUGCAUUCCAAGUGCGUCUCGGACACCCAGGACCUGCCCAUGUGGGAGAAGUUCCCUGCCAGGAGGAGGGAGGCGUGGGAGGGCCAGACAGCUGUGGGGAACGUGACGUCUGUGACCUGUCCAGGUGGGAGGAGCAAGUGCUCAGACCACAGCACCUGCUGUCAGCUGACGAGCGGAUUGUACGGCUGCUGUCCCUACCCUGAUGCUGUGUGCUGCUCUGACCACCUACACUGCUGCCCAGGCGGCACUACAUGUGACCUCGAGCACAAGACCUGCAAAUCGUCCAAGAAGAAAGCUCCACCUAGCGAGAAGCUGCCUUCACUACCCCACGAUGUUGAAUGUCCAGACAAAGAGUCCAGAUGCCCUGAUGAAACCACUUGCUGUCAGCUGAAUAACGGGAGCUAUGGCUGCUGCCCAAUGCCUAGAGCGGUUUGCUGUGAGGACCACCUCCACUGCUGCCCUGAGGGCACCAAGUGUGACCUGGUCCACAGCACCUGCGUGAGUGCCACUGGGAACACUUCCUGGGUCACCAAGCUCCCAGGGGUGUCAACCCCUCAUUUAACCAGCCCAGCGAAUGCUGUUCCCUGCAAUGACUCUGUGGCCUGCGCUGAUGGUAGUACAUGCUGUAAAACGACACAAGGAGAGUGGGCGUGCUGUCCAUUGCCUGAGGCUGUGUGCUGCCAGGACCACCUCCACUGCUGCCCCCACAACACCAUCUGUAACCUGGCUGCCAGCACAUGCGAUGACCCCUCAGGCUCUGUGCCCUGGCUGGAGAAGGUGCCUGCCUUCAGCUGGACCUCCGGUGAAACGGCAAAUGAGCAGUGCAACUCCACCACCUCCUGCCCUGGCAGUGCCACCUGCUGCAAGACCACCACUGGAGACUGGGGGUGCUGCCCGCUGCCUAAGGCUGUCUGCUGUGAAGACCACCUCCACUGCUGCCCCCAGGACACCAUUUGUAACCUGGCUGCCAGCACCUGCGACAGCUCUUCAGGUUCCACACCCUGGCUAGAGAAGGUGUCACCGGUCUCUCAGUUGCCGGACAAGCAGAUAAGUGUUGAGCAGCCUGAAGGAGCAAAGAACGUCACAUGUGAUGCGAGCCACGCCUGCCCUGAUGGUAGCACCUGCUGUAAGACUACUGAUGAGCAGUGGGCCUGCUGCCCCCUGCCUCAGGCGGUUUGUUGUGAGGACCACCUCCACUGCUGCCCCCAGGGCACCACCUGUAACCUGGCUGCCAGCACCUGUGAUGACUCCACAGGCUCCAUUCCCUGGCUUGAGAAGAUGCCCGCUCUCACCAAGUCACCCAGCAAUGAGAAGUGUGAUGAGCAGACUGUCUGCCCUGCGGGGACCACAUGCUGUAGGCAGAGCACUGGGGAGUGGGCUUGCUGUCCCCUGCCAAACGCGGUGUGCUGCGAGGACCAUGAACACUGUUGCCCCAAGGGCUACAAGUGUGACGUCUCCCAACAGACCUGCAACAAGCCGGGCGCCCUCAGCCUCCCCUGGGUCAGCAAGCAGCCGGCACUGAUGGAAGGGCAGGCUGAGGAUAAUACGACCACCAUCCUGUCAGGCACCAAGCAGUGCGAUUCCCAAACCAGCUGCCCCAGAGACACCACCUGCUGCUACAUGGAUAAGAUUGGCAAAUGGGGCUGCUGUCCUCUGCCAAAUGCGGUGUGCUGUAAAGAUGGAAACCACUGCUGUCCGAAUGGCUACAAGUGUGACCUGAGCCACACAUCUUGCACCAAAGGCAACAUUGUGAUUCCUUGGUACAAGAAGGAGGAGGCCCUGGCUGCCCCAGCCUUGCCCACGGAUGUGCAGUGUGACGCGCAGAGCAGCUGUGCCACAGGCACCACCUGCUGCCAGCUUCCCACAGGGAAGUGGGGCUGCUGUCCCCUUGUCAAGGCUGUCUGCUGUGCAGACUAUGAGCAUUGCUGUCCUCAGGGCUACAGCUGCAACAUGGAAUCCGGCACCUGCGAGAAGAAAAGUUGCAACAUGGCGUUGGGUAUCUGCAAGAUGAAGCACACCCCCCUGACCCGGGUGUCUGGGACAGACCUGGUGCCUAGCCCGGAGCCUAGCACAGUGCCUGUCUCAAAGUCCUCUCCACAGUCUACCCCUCAAUUCACUCCACAGUAUACCCCUCUGUCUACCCCUCAAUCCACUCCACAGCAUACCCCUCAGUCUGUCUCACAGUCUUCCCCUCAGUCUGCACCUCAGCCUGCCCCUAAGGGGAACGAACUCCAGUGUGAUGGGCAGUACAGGUGUCCCGACAGUGAGACCUGCUGCAGGACCUCUGCAACCACCUGGGCCUGCUGCCCCUCACCCAAGGCCGUGUGCUGUAGCGACAUGAAGCACUGCUGCCCUGCUGGCUACACCUGCGAUGCAGUGGACGGGUCCUGCACCAGAACAGGAGACUUCAACUGGGACUUCCUUUUCAGAGACAGAAAAAGAGCUUUCAUCCCUGUGUGAUGCUGAGCCAGUCCAAUUGCACUGAUCUACACUCCACACACAUUCAUAAACCUGCAGCACUUAGCGGUGUUCAAACUUGGGGACGAGGGACAAUAUGUAAUGUUUUUGUUUUUUUUCCACUUUUACUUACAAAGUGUAAUUUAUUUUCUUUUCUGGGCAGUGCUACAUCAUUGGAAGGUAAACAUAAUUUUGAGCUUCAUCUUUUUCUAUGUAGGUGUUGCAAGUGGACAAUAAUGGGUCAUUUAUUAGAACAGUGAUGUGGAGUUAAAUCACAUAUCAGUUGAAACAGGCCCUCUGGGUGAAGUGUACGCCCUGCAACUUGAAGCUGACCAUUUUAUUUUAUUAAUAAUACUGACUGUUUUGAUUAAACGCUGACCUUUCACUCCGUUUGCACCAUGAUAUUUACCUGCUGUAAUACAUAGCUAACAUAUUUUUCAUUCCUUCACACAAGAGUCAGUGUAAACCAAGUAAUGAGUUUGGUUUUAAUUUUUUUAAUGCUGGUAAAUUGUAUGUACUUAGCCCCUCCAACAGCUAAGCUUAGCUUUUUUCUAUGCAAGGGGGGAAUCUAGAGUAAAGAAACAUGAAUGUAAUCUGUUUCUGGUCAGGGAUGAUCGUAAAGGAAACGUAUGUCAUCCUUUCCUAUAUUACCAGACACAGGAGGACUCCGUUUACUGGAUAAAUAAUAUUAGUGACAUUUCUGUAUACCAGUAUUAGUGACAUUUCUGUACACCAGAAUAACACAUUAGCUGCAAAUAUUUUCAGAGGAUUUACAAUUGUAUUGAAUCACCAGAAAAAAAGAAUGCUCAGUGUCAACUGCUGAGUUACUGGAUUUAAUAACACUGAUGAAGCAUUGCACAGACAGAGGCCUUCUUGUUUUCUCUGUCCAGUUUUCUCUUUGGUACCCUGUCUGUCUUAAUGCAUGAAAUGUGAAAUUGGAAACCACAGGGAUUGGUCUCAGAAAGCAUUUGGCCUCAGCAUUGCGACAUUCCUGCUGACUUUUAACCAGGGACUGUGAAGCACAGGAACAGCUGCCCUGUAAGGCCUUGCCUGUUCGGUUUCAGUCUAGAUUUUCCAGUUAGUUGUAUUGCAGGGCUUUUGUUUUCAGUAGAUCCACAUUUGCUGUAUGAGAAUCAUAUCACACACACUACAUAGUAUACAGUCAUAAAGUCAACAUACUCCUGUGAACCCCCUGAUACCUUAUACGGGCGAUUCAGUCAACUGCAACAUGUUCUCCCAUAUGAAUACACUUCCUGAAAAAAAUUGUUUUUGGAUUUAAAGUAAUUUUGCUUUUGCAGUAUGAUUAUUUUCAAACUAAAUAAAAUAAAAAUGCAAGCUAGACCAGGGGCAAUAAUGCCUUAAAUUCAGGGUUUUUAUUCUAGGCAUUGAUCUGGCUAAAUUGUUUGCAGUUGAUUGAACCAUCAACAGCUUUGCACUUUUUUUCUACGAUUGUUAUGCAUCUCAAGCAAAAUUGACAUUUGGGUUUUUUUUUUUCUUCAUAGCCUGGGCCUUUUUUUUUUGGGGGGGGG